GCUGAUGGUACGUGGAAUGUCAAACACAUGAAACUGCUAACAAGCGCCGGAGAUACAGACACCCCUCCGCAAUCAUACGCACCCGCCAUCUUCUCCGCCCCGAUCGGAAAAAUACAAAAAAACUCCCAAAAAGAUUUUUACUAAUAAUGGCGGUGCGUGCGACGGUGAUACGGUUUCCGUCGGACCCGGACGCGCAGGAUUCGUCGGGUGUGCCGUGGGGAGUGACGGUGACGCCGUUCGCCUCCAAGGACGAGAACGGUAACUCGCCUGUGUAUGGAUCGGGCGGAGAUUUGAUCCCUAGAUGCGAGAAUUGUUGGGCGUACUACAACACAUACUGUGACCAAGAUCAGUGGGCGUGGACUUGCUCCCUCUGUGGAACCCUAAAUGGCCUCUCAUCUGAAACAAUUUCUCGUUACUCUCGCCCCGAAUCUGCCCCCGAGAACAUGUCUUCCUUCAUCGACCUCGAAAUGCCUCUGGAAGCUUCAGAGGAGGAGGAUAUGCAAGCACGGCCUGUUUAUGUUGCUGCUAUUGAUUUGGCUUCAUCAGACGAGUUCUUAGAACUUACAAAAAGUGCAUUGUUAGCAGCUUUAGAAGCUCUUGCCCCUGGUUCACUUUUUGGGCUUGCUACAUUCAGCCACAAAUUGGGUCUAUACGAUGUACAAGGCCCUAUCCCUGUGGUCAAAAAUGUCUUUUUACCCGCAGACUCUGAUGGAACCCUACCAAUUGAGCUUGAAGAUGCCAUGCCAUUGUUUUCAUUCUUGGCUCCAGUGGAAACUUGUAAAGAUCGUAUUGCAUCUGCACUCGAAACUUUAAGGCCAACAUCAUCAUGGGAUAGUACAGGUGGCGGACAAGGAUUGGACAGAAUCUUGCUUGGAGGAAGAGGCUUUGGUUUAGCAAUGGAAACACUCAUCUCAUACCUUGGAUCUGAACAUGGCAACACUUUUGCAUUAGCUAGAAUAUUUGCUUUUUUAUCUGGACCUCCUGAUUAUGGACCUGGUCAACUUGACACAAGAAGAUAUGGUGAACAAUAUGCUAGUAAAGGAGAGGAUGCUGAGCUGGCAUUACUCCCUGAACAAACACCAUUUUACAAAGAUUUGGCUGCUGUUGCUGUUCAAGCAGGCGUAUGCAUAGACAUACUUGCUGUCACAAAUGAGUAUACAGAUUUAGCAUCUUUAAAAUUUCUUAGUAUUGAUAGUGGAGGCUCAUUGUUUUUAUACCCAAAUACUGAUGACUCAACACUUCCUCAAGACAUGUAUCGAAUGUUAACUCGCCCAUAUGCAUUCAAUUGUAUCAUGCGAUUAAGAACAUCAACUGAAUUCAAACAUGGGAAUUCUUAUGGACAUUUCUUCCCUGAUCCACAAUAUGAAAAUGUUCAACAUGUUAUUUGCUGCGAUUCUUAUGCCACAUAUGCAUACGACUUCGACUUUGCAAAUAACUACGGGUUUUCAAGACACACUGCAGAGCUUCCUAUGCUACAGUUAGCUUUUCAAUACACAGUAAUCGUCCCCCCUACAGAAACAAAUUCCAAAUAUACCCUCAAACGACGCCUCAGAAUCCGAACCAUGCAAUUUGGUGUCGCUCAUAACUUCAAUGAAUUAUACGAUAGCGUUGACCCUGAAGUCGUUCUCUCAAUUCUUGUUCACAAGGUCAUACUGGCGUCAGCAAGUGAAGGAGUUAGAGAAGGGCGAAUGCUGUUACAUGAUUGGCUUGUGAUCCUUACAGCUCAAUAUAACGAAGUGAUUAAAAGUGGUGUUACUGAGUAUGGAAGCUCAAGUGGGUCCCUCAUCGAUGUUACCUUUUCUCAAUGUCCACAAUUACAAGCUUUGCCUCGAUUGGUUUUUGCUUUGUUGAGAAACCCUCUUUUGAGGUUUCAUGAAGAAGGCAUUCAUCCCGAUUAUCGCAUUUAUCUUCAAUGCUUGUUUAGUGGGCUGGAAGCGAGUAGUUUACACCGAGCGAUAUAUCCAUUGCUGACGUCAUACGCGACUCCCGAUAAAUUAGCUUACCCACGCCACUCAUUGAGCCGAGCCGCUUUGCUAACAAGUGAAAGCCCGAUUUUCUUUCUUGAUGCUUUUACUACUCUUAUUGUUUUUUACUCCUCUACAGCUGACCCCACCUUACCUUAUCCUCCACCCCACGACUGUUUGUUGAGGAGGGAGAUAAAUAAAGUGAAGCAAGAGAGAAGUGUGACGCCUAGGUUGGUGUUUAUAAGAGGGGGACAAGAGGAUGCGAGUGUGUUUGAGAAUUAUUUGAUUGAAGAACAGGAUGUUGAUGGAAGUGGGUUUUCUAGUGUUAUGGGGUUUGUUUCGUUUCUUGAAGAGAUUAGUCAGAGUGUUCUUGAAUAUAUCAAAUAGAUACAAAAAGAAAUAUGUAGAUAUUUGAAAAUUCAUUUUUGGAGGGACGUUUGUUUUGUGUAAUAAGGGUAUGGAUUUUUUAGUCAUUUUACAGAAUCAGAAUUAUACACAUGGAUUGGGUUUA